GGAGACGGCGGGCCGGACUGGACCGGAUCACUAUAUAAUAGGAGUACUCCUACGUGUAUAUAUGCUGCUCCGAUUGUGGGCAGGGGUGAGGUAUACUGCUCCCGAUCGACCGGGAAUCAUGGCGAUGGAGCCGACAGAGGACAUCGAGUUCCUCUGGAAGUGGCGCAAGUACCUGCUGCUGCUCGCCACGCUGGUCGCCAGCGUCACCUACGGCGCCGGCCUCAACCCGCCGGGUGGCGUGUGGUCCGACGACCAGAAGGGAGGCAGCAGCAGCAACGCCCGACAACACCGCGUUGAGCCGCCGGCGCCGCUCCUUCCCGCGGCGCCGGCGCCGGCGGUCUACCCGUUCCGCGUCGGCGAUCCCGUGCUGGUGUCGACCUACUCCCGCCGCUACACCGCCUUCUUCUACUGCAACGCCGCCGCCUUCGUCGCGUCCCUGGUCACCAUCAUGUUCCUGCUGGACCGGCGCAUCAGCGGCAACCGCGUCGGGCUCACCGUGCUCCGCUCCGCCAUGCUGCUCGACCUACUCGCCCUCAUGGCCGCCUUCGCCGCGGGGAGCUGCCGCAGCAUUUCAGGGUCCAUCUACGUCUCCGCGCUCUUCGUCGUCGUCUUCGCCUACGUCGCCCUCCACCUCGUCGUGGCCUCCGCCUCCUCCCGUUCGUGUCUAGGGCUUUUCGCCUGCGGCGAAACUUCCUGUCUGGUGCUGUUCAGGAGGAAAGCGCCGGCGGCGGGCGCGGACGCCGAGGAGGACAAGUACGUCAAGGAGCGGCGCAAGUUCCUGCUGCUGCUCGCCACCUUCGCGACGCCGCUGACGUACGCCGCGGGGCUGACGCCGCCGGGUGGUUUCUGGAGCAAGAACAGGGACGAGCACCGCGCCGGCGCCCCGCUGCUGCACGACGGGCGCUACAAGAUCCGCUACCACGCAUUCUUCUACGCCAACGCCAACUCCUUCGUCGCCUCCCUCGCCAUCAUCAUGCUGCUCAUGAGCCGGACGCUGAGCGGCCGCCUCGCACGAUCGAACGCGCUGCUGGUCUGCGUUCUGGUGGAGCUGCUGGGCCUCAUGGCCGCCUACGCCGCCGGGAGCUGCAGGUGGCUCACCACCACCGUGUACAUCGUCUGCCUCGUCGGCGUGGUGUUCCUGUACAUCGUGCUCCAGGUGGUCAUCGCAGGGUACACCAUGGGCACAUUCAAGCAAUGGGGGCAAGCCAUCUGCCGCCUACUGACCUGCGCCAACCUUCAGGACCCGAAAGAAAGUAAGCCGGCGACUCUAUCGGACACGCAGCCGGGCAAUGCUAAUGCACCGCAAAAAGAUGUUGCAAGUAGAAUCAACAAUGACAAUGGGCAGGAAGACAAGGUGGAGGAGUCGCGGUCGCUUGUGCUGCUGCUGGCCACGCUGGCGGCGACGGUGACCUACCAGGCCGGCCUGAGCCCUCCCGGCGGAGUCUGGCCGGCAGGGGAUCCGCCGCGCACGGCAGGCGAUCCGGUUCUUCACAUCAUGCACCGCAAGAGGUACCUGGCGUUUUACCACUGCAACACGGCGGCGUUCGUGGCGUCGGUGGUGGUCAUCAUCAUCGUCCAGAGCAAGCAGUUGACCGCCGUCGGGCGUGCCGCGCUCAAGACUGCCAUGAUACUGGACCUGUUCGGCCUCAUGGGCGCCUACGUCGCUGGGAGCUGCCGGGACAACACCACCACCAUCUACGUCUCUGCCCUCGCCGUCGCCGUCUUCGCCUACGCCGUCGCCAAGGUCAUGGCGUACACAGCUCAGGGCAAGCACAGCUGGGCUACGCGGAAGGCACGAGGUGCGCGCGAUAAGCUUGCACGGUUGCUCCACCUUACAUCUGACGCUGCGUCGUCGUCCCAGCACCGGCAACAAGGAGAAGCUCAAGGAUGGGAGCAAGUUCCGGCUGCUGGUGUUGGCCACCUUCGCGGCGAGUCCUCCGGUAAGGGAGGAGAAGAAGCACAACCACAACGACAUCAAGAUGUGGCCGGAAGCAAAGUUCCUGGUGCUUCCGGCCACAAUCGCGGCCAAGGCAUGGAAAGCAGCUGGCUGGCACGGUGGGCGCAAAGCAUGUGUGAUAAGCUUGCACGAUUUCUCCAUCUCACCUCCGACAAGACGCCCCAGCAAGAAGCUCAGGGUAGUCCAUCUGGCAUCCUUCCCUACGACCAGCACCAGAACCAGCCAAGCUCCGAGUCCGAGAGGAAGCGGAUUCUUGUUGAAGAAAAGAAAAACUUCGAGAGGAAGCGCAAGUUCUUGCUGCAGCUCGCCAUCCUGGCCGCCACCGUCACGUACCAGACCGGGCUCAACCCGCCGGGAGGGUUCUGGACGGAGAACAACGGGGACAAGUUGGUUACUCCCGGAGACCCAAUCCUCCUCGACCACUAUGGAGUGAGGUACCAGGUCUUCUUCUACUGCAAUGCAACGGGGUUCAUGGCGUCCGUCACCGUCAUUCUGCUCCUGAUGAACCAGACCCUGUCCAAGUCGGGCAUUCGGAGCAAAGCGCUCCACGUCUGCAUCAUGAUGGGGUUGUUGGGCCUCAUGGGUGCCUACGCCGCAGGUAGCUGCCGGCUGCUGCGCACCUCCAUCUAUGUCUUCGCGCUCGUGGCAGCCGUUGUGGCAUUCCUGGUCCUGGAGAUCCUCUUCUACGUGUAUGCAAACCGCCGCAAUUUGUCACAGCAACCAUGGGUUCCGCAGUGGCUGCAGACGCUGCUCAAGCCGCUGUCAUCAGCGCCGAUGAGGUCGGCCGACGAGGAUGAAGACACAGAGGUCUUGGCCUCCGGCUCCGAGCGGCUGCAACAACAACAACGACGACGCCGGAAGAACUACACGAAACGUAAGUCCCUGAUGUUGCUCGGCAUCCUCGCAGCCAGUGUGACGUACCAGGCCGGACUGGCGCCCCCCGGGGGCACGUGGGGCGACGACGAUGUGCCGUCGCCGUCGCCAUCACAGUCCCAGUUGUUGCCUCCAUCACCGUCGGGGGCUUACCUCCCUCAUGCCGGCAACCCAAUCCUGCUCAACACCAACCCGGAACGGUACCAGGCCUUCUACUACUGCAACGCGACGUCGUUCGUGGCCUCCAUCGUCGUCAUCCUGCUGGUGCUGCAGCACACCGUGAAGGAGAAGAAGCACAGCGCGCCACUGUGGGCGAUGCAGACAGCCGUGGUGCUGGACCUUUUCGGCCUGCUGGGUGCCUACGCCGCCGGCAGUUGCAGGGAUUGGGAGACCUCCGCGUACGUCAUCGCACUUGUCGCCCUGGUGGUCGUCUUCAUCACUAUCUACGUCCUGGUGUCGUUAGCCCUGCUGGCCAAGGCCAAAGAGCUCAAGGUGUGGAAAUUCUUUUCUGGAAAGAAAGCAAAGGUGUUGAAAUAUUUUGGAUGAAGCAAUGACCAUGCAUGAUCAGCCUGUCGCAAUACGGUGCCAGUCUUAUUAAUUAUUUCUUUUUUGCUUA